CACCCAUUCAUUCAUUCAUUCAAUCAGUCCAGUCAUGCAUUAAUGCACCUGCAAUGGGUUUGUGUAAGUGAUGCACCUGUCUGGUUGGCUGUUUCUCUCUCUCUCUCUCUCUCUGUUUGUCAAGGCACACACACGGUCAUCCACUCAACGGGCACACAAACACAGACACUCACAUGCGUCCUCACACAAACACAGACACUCACAUGCGUCCUCCCCCCCCCACACGCGCGCGCGCGAGAAGGGCAGGAUAACGAUAAACACACAGGCAGCCACAGUCACUCAGACGCACUAACACCAACACUCACACACACAGAGACACACAGACAGGGGUACCAGCAGUGCGCCGGCAGAUCAGCUACACUAAGAUGACAGGCAGAGAGUCAGACAGACAGACAGACAGACAGGCAGGCAGGGGCGCAGAGGACGGCACAAAUAAAUGGGAGCGGCCCAUUUAUCUCAGUACAGCACGAUAGAGGGAAACGCACAUCUCCUUCCCUCCCUCCCUGACUACUGCACCACACUCAGCACCUCUACCUCGUCAGCCACGAACUCAAGCGACCCACCCAAGAGAGCAUCGCUGUCAUCCCUCACUCCCGUGUAGCCCUCAGGCUCGUUGUCGCUGUGAGUCCACUGAUAGAAGCUGCGGAUGUCGGCAGCAGGCGGGCCAUCGUCAGUGCGGCCGGCACCCACGAUGAUAUUUCCACCGAUUGCCAUAUUCCCGCCCUCCACACUCCCCUUCCUCCCCGCCACAUGCACAUACUGCCUUUCUCGUGGUAUCUCGAUCUUGGUCGGUCUGGGGAAGUGGCCGGCCAGUGAGAAGUGCCACACAUCACAGAAGUACUCGUGCGAGCUGGUCGGGUCCUCG